GGUUAUGGGCACAGCGAAGCUAUAGCGAUAGUGCACCUUCAAAAAGCUAAGGAUGCGAGACGAAUCUAUGCUACCUACGUCUAGGCUAAAACCAACUGUGAUGGCUUUAAGCAUGAAGGCAUUAUAUAUCUCUCUUACAACAUGCAGAAGGAGUUAUUAGAAGAAUUGUACGAUGAUUGCGGUGUUACACCCGAAAUGCUCUCCUACAUGGAGGCCCAUGCAACUGGUACUGCAGUAGGAGAUCCAGUAAAAGUUGACACCAUUGAUCAAGCAUUAUGUUCAAAAAGGACUUUAUUGUCCUUAUUGAUGGGUCCUUAUUGAUAUAAGUCCUUUAUUGAUGGGAUCGGUAAAAUCGAAUCUUGGCCAUCCGGGG